AUGUCACUCAACGUCGAGCCAGCGGUCGGCAAUUUUCCAGCGACCGGCGGUAAUGCCACACACAACAUUAUCUCUCUCGUCGACACAAAGCUCGCAUUUAAGGUGAAAUCCUCCAAUAAUGAUCACUACCGCGUACGACCAGUCUAUGGAUUUGUUGAAGGAAAAGGAACUACGAAAUUGGAAAUUGUUCGUCUUACCGGACCAGCUAAAGAAGAUAAAUUGGUCAUUCAAUGGGCUGAGGUACCACCGGAUGAAACUGAUGCUCAAGCCCCCUUCAAAGCUGGUGCACAGGCUGGUGAAGUGAUAUUGCCGCUGAAAGCGGAAUAA